AUGGUGAAACAUCAACAAGACACACUCGCCGGAAUAUCAAGAUUCCGGCUACUCACCGAUCAAAUUUCUUCCUUAAUCAUCAUCUCUCACUCAAUCAAAGUCUUCUCUUCUAAAUGGGCUUUGAUAAGAAACAAGCUAAAUAAUAUUAUCUCCAUCCUCGCCGUUAUCCCGCCAGAAAUUCAAGAUUCCGCCGACUGUUCACUGUUAAACGACGUCGUUCAAUCAGUUGAAGAAACAACACAACUGGUUCACAAAUGUAUCGAGCUUUCUUACACAGGAAAGCUUCUUAUGCAGAGUGAUCUUGACAUAAUCUGUGAGAAAUUCAAUGCCCAUAUAAAAUCUUUAUGUGAAUUAUCUUCUUUCGAUUGUUUUUCCCCAUCCGCCAUUGUUGUUUCGAGACCUGCAACUUCUGCUUCAAACGACGAUCUGAAAUUCUAUAUAAAUGAUCAGUUUUCAAGGUUUAAAAUUGGGAACUUUGAGAUGAAGAAGCAAGCAUUGAUUUGUUUUAAUGAAGUGAUUCAAGAAGAUGACAGGUGGUUGAAGAUUGCUAUGGAGGUUGAAGGGUUUGUUCAUGUGUUAGUGGGGUUUUUGAGUUCAAAAGAUUUGGGUGUUCAAGAAGAAGUGUUGAAAUCAUUGGAUAUGAUUUGUGGGUUUGAGUUGUAUAAAGGGGUUUUGCUGUCAAUUGGUGUUGUUGCUCCAUUAAUCAGAGUUUUGGAGUGUGGGAGUGAGUUGAGUAAAAGUUUAUCCACCAGGUGUUUGAUGAAAUGCACAGCUGAGUCUGAAAAUGCUUGGUCUGUUUCAGCUCAUGGCGGGGUGACAUCAUUGUUGAGAAUCUCUGCUGGUGAGUGUGAAAGUAGUGGUGAGUUGGUUGGUUUGGCUUGUGGGGUUUUGAAAAACCUUGUUGGUGUUGAUGAGAUUAAAAGGUUUGUAGUCGAAGACGGCGCGCUUCAGAUCUUUGUUUAA